CAUAUACUAUAAGAGAAGUCUUAUAGUUUUGAAGAAAAUGUUAGGUAAGAAGUUAAUGGUGUUAGACUAUUAGCUCACAACUACAAAUAAUAUCCUAAUUCGACUAUACCAAACAAAAAUGUAGCAAAAGUAAGGCUUCCAUUACUUUAGUUUUUAACUUUUUUUUUUUAGUUUUUAAAUAACUCUUAAUCCUUAAGCUAUAUACAUACAAGUAGUAAGCAUAUCCACAAACAAGACAAAGUUCAAAAUGGCCGGUGGAGGAUUUGCCAUUGAUGCACCUUCCAAUGGCUUUGAUGGAAAGAUAACACUCUCAGUUAUCAUUACUUGUAUCGUUGCUGCAUCCAGUGGACUCAUUUUUGGAUAUGAUGUUGGGAUUUCAGGAGGUGUCACAACAAUGGUGCCAUUUCUCAAAAAAUUCUUCCCUGACAUUCUAAGAAGAAAUGUAGUUGGUACCCAAGUAAACAUGUAUUGUGUGUAUGACAAUCAAAUGUUGACAUUAUUUACCUCUUCUCUGUAUCUAGCUGCUUUAGUGUCAUCACUUGCAGCUAGUAAAGUCACUACAGCUAUGGGUCGAAGAAACACCAUUAUAUUGGGUGGUGCCAUCUUUCUCGUUGGUGCCGCCAUCAAUGGAGGUUCUAAAAAUAUUGCUAUGCUCAUAUUCGGCCGAAUCCUUCUUGGUUUUGGGAUCGGUUUCACUAGUCAGGCCACACCACUAUACCUUUCUGAAAUUGCUCCACCAAAAUGGCGAGGAGCUUUCAACUCAGGCUUCCAAUUAUUUAUUGGAAUAGGUGUGGUUGCAGCAGUUUGCAUAAAUUACAUUACUGCUAAGCACACGUGGGGUUGGCGACUCUCUCUUGGACUAGCAGUGGUUCCUGCAGCUGUGAUGACAAUUGGAGCUUUUUUCAUAACCGACACACCUAACAGUUUAGUCAAACAUGGAAAUAUAGACCAAGCCAGAAAAGCAUUGCAUAAAAUAAGAGGAUUCUCCAUUGAUAUUGAACCUGAGUUAGAAGAAUUGAUUAAGUGGACAGAAAUUGCAAAAUCAGUGCAACAAGAGCCGUUUAUGACCAUAUUUGAGAGAAAUUAUCGACCUCAUUUGGUCAUGGCAUUUGCAAUCCCGUUCUUCCAACAACUCACAGGAAUCAACAUUGUCGCUUUCUAUUCACCUAACCUCUUUCAAUCUGUUGGUUUGGGAAACAGUGGCGCUUUACUUUGUGCCAUAAUACUUGGACUUGUCAACCUUGCCUCUAUCCUGGUAUCUGCUGCUUUUGUUGAUCGGUUUGGUCGAAGAUUCUUGUUCAUUACAGGUGGCAUUCUAAUGCUUUUUUGUUUGAUUGCAGUGUCUGCAGUGCUAGCUUUGGUGACUGGUGUUGAUGGUACAAAGAACAUAUCAAAGGCCAAUGCAAUAUUAGUAUUGGUGUUUCUGUGUUUCUAUGCUGCAGGUUUUGGUAUGUCCUGGGGCCCACUCACUUGGCUAAUUCCAAGUGAAAUUUUUCCCUUAAAAAUUAGAACAACUGGACAGAGCAUAGCUGUUGGUGUGCAAUUCAUAACCUUAUUUGUGUUAUCACAAACAUUCUUGACAAUGUUUUGCCACUUUAAGUUUGGUGCUUUCUUAUUCUAUGCAUUUUGGGUUAAAUUGAUGACUCUAUUUAUUAUUUUCUUCUUGCCUGAGACAAAAGGAAUUGCUUUGGAGUCAAUGCACGUCAUAUGGGGCAAACAUUGGUUUUGGAAGCGCUUCGUCAAAGAAGAAGUUGAUAACAACAAUCUUCCAUGAAGUAAUGAUCACUUAAUUUAUAUAAAGUUAUUAUAUCUAUGCAAACUAAAAGAUGAUAAUUGUUAGAUCUGCUAGCUAUAUAAAGUUAUAUGUAAAAACAAUCUUCCAUGAAGUAAUGAUCACUUAAGUUAUAUUAUAUCAUCAGGUUUUGUGGAAA